AUGCUGCGAUGUCGGUCUCUCUGGAAGACGUUUUCGGCAGUCCGGCCUCCAUAUACCUCUAAAUAUCUAAUUAGAACUCUUGCGACAACCACAGACGGUGUACUUCCCACAGAACACAUCAGGAAUAUUGCUAUUAUUGCCCAUGUCGACCAUGGUAAAACUACUCUCGUCGACCAGCUUUUGCGUCAAUCCGGAACCUUGAAAAGACUGAGUGCUCUUGAGCAGCUGCAGCUCACUCCGACAUCGUCUUCUAUGGCUGGAACGACAGCGGACUCUGCUGUUGAUGGUGGAUUCAUUACCCGGGUCAUGGACUCGAACGAUCUUGAAAAAGAGCGCGGAAUCACAAUUUUGUCAAAAUGUACUAGCAUAAUGUACAAGGGCAACCUCAUUAAUAUCGUUGACACUCCUGGACACGCAGACUUUGGUGGAGAAGUGGAGCGUAUCAUGAGUAUGGUUGAUGGUGUUGCCUUGAUUGUGGACGCGACAGAAGGACCAAUGACACAGACACGUUUCGUCUUAUCGAAAGCUCUGAGCAGAGGCCUCAAACCUCUGGUCGUCAUGAACAAAGCUGACCGGUCUACUUCGCGUCCCGCACAGGUAGAAAGCGACCUUUUCGACCUUUUUGCAACACUGGGAGCUACGGAUGAGCAAAUGGAAUACCCUCUACUUUACGCGUCUGCAAAACAAGGUUGGGCUCAACCCGAAGUACCUGUCAUUGGUGCCGUACCCAUCGAAGAUGCAUCUACUGAAGGCGACGUUACCACGCAAAUGACACCUCUUUUCGACUUGAUCCUUUCACAUGUCCCGCCACCGACCCAUCUCACAGCUGACGGGCCGUUUUCCAUGCUUACAGUCCAGAUUGAGAACGACUCGUAUGUUGGUAUGCUUUAUCUCGGACGUAUCGAAUCUGGGUCUCUCAAAGUCGGUGACAAUAUCUUGGCACUCGAUGCGGACGGAAAUGAAUGUGGUGGAGGCAAGGUCAAGAAAAUUUUUAGUCGCAUUGGGAUGGACCGUGUUGAGAAGGAUACUGCUACCGCUGGUGAGAUUGUAAGCAUUGCUGGGAUAAAGAUGGUCAAGGGAGGUGGCGUCAAUGUCAGUUUAGUUUCUAGAGAGGGCUGGGGCACGGAGGGUCCAAAACCUCUCGAGACCACGCCCAUCGACCCGCCUACGAUUUCCAUGUUCGUCUACCCUAACGAUGCUCCCUUUGCCGGUCGUGAAGGUAGCAAACUGACCUCCCAAGUCAUCCGGGACCGCAUAUACAAAGAAGCCGAAACUAACGUGGCUCUCAAAGUCCUCCCGGGCCCCACUUCCGAAGCGCUGGAACUUCGUGGUAGAGGUGUUCUCCAUCUGGGAGUUCUCUUCGAGACUCUACGCAGAGAAGGAUUUGAGCUUACCAUUGGCCCUCCGAAAGCAGUCAUGAUACCUGACCCAGACGUCAAAGGUGGGAAACUCGAACCCAUUGAAUCGUGUACGAUCAAUGUCCGCGAAGAGUAUGCUGGCAAGGUUAUCGAGAGACUCACAAUGAGGAAGGGCGAAAUGCAUUUGUAUGAGAACGGGGAUCCCGAGGAAGGUUGGGUCAAGAUUGAAAUGGAUGUUCCUGCUCGAGGCCUGAUUGGAUACAUGGCUGGAGAGUUCAAGAACGAUGUUCAUGGAGAAGGAACCCUCAAUCAUUACUUCAAGGACUACCAACCCUACAAGGGGCCCAUCGAUACCGGACGGAACGGCUCCUUAAUCUCUAUGGCCAACGGGGAGUCCUCUGCCUACGCCAUGGCACCUCUCCAAGCUCGCGGAGUACUAUUCAUCCAUCCACAAACUGAUGUUUACCCUGGAAUGGUCGUCGGCGAAUGUUCAAAGGCCCAGGACAUCUACGUUAACCCGUGUUUGAAAAAGCAGCUCACGAACUUUCGGUCGGCAGGCGCAGACGACAAGAUUGUGAUGGCAUCGCCGAGGGUGAUGACGCUAGAGGAGAGUAUGGCGUAUAUGGCUGAUGAUGAGUUGAUUGAGAUUACGCCGAAGAGUAUCAGAUUGAGGAAGUCGAUUUUGGAUCCUGACAAGAGAAAGAGAAUGGGAGGUGGUAAAGUAGGUUGA